AUGGUGUGGUGCCGUUGUGUUUGUUAUCCAGAUGUAAGUUGGAACUGCCAGACAACGGUGGACAGUGCGCCGUGCCCCGGGCAGGAGCCGUCCAAGAUCGUCGCGGUCGCGGCGCCACCCGGUGGCCACGACGGCACCGAGAAGACGUUCGUUGCGCUCGGCGGCAAGGUCUACCGCUCGUCGCCCGAGUGCGCUUCGGCUUUCCUUUGCCACCCUUUCUUCCACAGCGUUAUGCACCAUCACCAUCACGUAGGAAUCCACACGCCUGUGGUUAUUCCUCACCUGCCUGAUCACGGCCACGGCCAUUCCAUUCCGCCUGUCACCGAUAAGCCGCCGGCGGUAGGCGUUCCUGAGCACAAACCGGCGCCGGUGCCCGUGCCGGAGCACAAGCCUCCGUCGACGCCCACCGCGCCGUCGACGCCGCCGGUGUAUUCGCCGCCGAAGCCAACCCCCAUCUACCACCCGCCGGCGCAGCGCGACGCUGUCACUGGCCCGUAG